CUUGGGUCUGAGACUCUUGUGAAGGAGCUUGCGUCGCAAGAUUUGUUUGAGAUGGAUCAUCGACCCAAUUGCCAUACUAGCCUUGGUGACUGCCAAGAAUCUGGCUGCUUUGGCGGUUCCCUCCUCUGGAUGCUUGUCUGCAGUCGCCGUCUGAACCCGUUGUCCGGAUAGCUUUCGCACCGAGAACAGCUUCCUCCCUUCAAUCUUGGUGCGAUAAGCCAUCCCUUUCUGGCCGACUUGAGAGGUACAUUUAGACGGGCAUCAUGUCGCUCAUCGGUUUGGACAAUCUGCAUCUUCUCUCUCUUCCACCAUCGCGUGUCAUUCGUUCUUGUUGCUGGUACAACUAAUUCCUUUCAUUUCAUUCAAUUCGAACCUGGAAAAAACAAGAUAUCAAACAAAUUAACUUAACAUUUUAAAGAUGCCGGCAAUCCGCUCCUUUUUGAGUCUUUCCGUUCUGGCUGCCUGCCUGGCGCAUGCAGUGGCUGAUGGCCAUCUCGGUGGUGAAGGUGGUGAAUGGGGUGGUGGCCCAGGUGGUUCCCCAAGCGGUCCUCCUGGCGGAUGGCAAGGUGGCCAAGGUUCCGGUCAUGGCUCCUCUGGAUGGAAUGAUUGGCCAUCAGGCGGCGAACAUCAGCCUCCUCCACCACACGUGCCUGACAUGCCUGUCGCUCCUAUCACAUGCGAACCAACCACCAUCGCCAACCAUAUCACUGUUCCUCCCGUGACCGUUACCCUCACCAAGGAAGGAAUGCCUCCUCCACCGCCAGCCCCAGUCACCGUGACUGUCACGAGUGUCAAGGAGCACAAGAUCACCAUUACUUCGGUGCACCCGACAACCAUCACUGCCCCUUGCACUUCUGUCUCUGUCACGACGAAGCACGUCACUGAGUGGCAGCAGGCCCCUCCAGGGUGCUGGUGCGGCAGGCCCGGAAUGCCACCGCCAAACGGCCACGACGGUGCUCCCAUGUGGCCAUGGCCCGCUGGAGAUGCUCCCAUCUUCACCACACACAUCCCAGACUUCAUGCCUGGUCGAUCAUCGAUUCCCGCCUCUGAGGCCGUGGUGACUGGGGUCACCGAUGGGCCAGCGCCACCCCCACCCGCUCCUACUUCAUCUGUGAAAUAGCGGGUUUCCCUUCGAUCCCCGAUGCGCCGCCUGUGGGUGUUCCUCCACCUGCAGCCGAGACAACAACUGCUGCUGCUGCUUCUUCCAGCGCGUCUGAACCUCUCGGACCUGCUCCCCCUCUACCACCUCUCACCGCCCAAGCAGCAGUAGAAUCCUCAUCAUCAUCCACUACUUCAGCAGCUGAAUCAACCCUAUCUACUUCUACUACUACCGCCUCCGCCGCCGCCUUGGAAACGUCCGCUCCAGCUCCGACAUCCUCUGCCGGACCCGAAGGACCACCUGGACCACUUCCCAAUGUGGAUCGCCCGUCAAGUAUCGAUCCAGCCACUCUCGAUCUGAAGAACGCUUACACCCUUGGCAUUGGACGCCGGGCUCCACGACCGACCGUUGUUGCUUGAAGACCUGGGCACGCAGGACGUGAAGCAGAUGGUCUUGGAAAGAGCUUCCUAACAUCCAAAAGAGGCUUUGCAAAUCCAGGAAUCUAACCCCUUUGGUGAUCUUGUACUAUUUUCGAAACAAUGAUACCCGGCAAUCGAGCUUGUCAGAGUCAAACUCCCUCCAGUCCCCCCUCAUUUGUUGACUAGACGAGGUGGUGGUGUGAAAGGCAGCCCUUCGACACGGAAAGACUCAAACUAUUUGAACACUAGAACAAUACUUUUUUCUCCAAUUCUUUUUUCUUUUCCUUUAUGGUAUAUUGGACAUGCACACCAAUACUGGGAACGUGUGACAGAAACUUUUUUAGACAGCGAGGCAUUUGACGAAGAGAGAGCACCCCACGGGGGAAAAAACAACGAACAACGAAAACGUUGACCGGGAAUGUGUUUUUGGGGUGCACGCUUAUAUUUUACUCGACUAUCACUUGACGGAUCCCUCAUGGGGGUUACGUGUGUGAACAGUCUGGAGUCAGCAAAAGGCAAACCGAGCCAGCAUGGACUUUUGUUUCUAUGGCUGUGCUUGAAGGGGGAAAGCCCAAAGGUACAUGGAGAUGGUUUUGUCUGGUCGAGUAUUCCUCGAGACCCUGGAUGACUGGUGGCUGAGUCGAUCGUUCCACAUAUGUGUCACUUCUGUGCCUCCUUUUU